GAGCCUUUAAGCUGAUUUCCCAACCGCCAUUAAAACAACAAGCGAAGGAGAAGGAGCAGCGUUACGAAAAGGAAGAAAGAUUAAAAAAAAACGAGUGACAGACAGACGGAACACACAUUCUCAUGAGUCAUUGUUGCGUCUUAUUUGAAGCCAAUGAGAACGAUUGCAGUCCUCGGAGGAGGUAUCGGAGGUCUGGCUGCAUCUUACUACCUGUGCAAGAGCCCGCAGGUUACCAAGAUCAUUUUGUUGGAGUCCAGCAGUCGUUUUGGAGGCUGGCUGUGGUCGACCAGGAGGUCCGAUGGAGCCGUGUUUGAACAUGGACCCAGGAGUAUCCGACCUGCGGGGGCGGUGGGACGCAACACACUCAACAUGGUGGACGACCUGGGUCUUGGGGGGGACAUUCUGCCCAUCACCUACAGCCACGUUGCAGCCAAGAACAGAUAUCUAUACGUCAACGAACAGCUCCACAAGAUGCCCACGUCGAUAAGUGGACUUUUGCGGACGGUCCCACCCUUCUCUCGUCCUCUGCUGUUGAGUUUUGCUGGUGAAAUACUGGUGAAAAAAAGCAAAGAGGACGACGAGUCCAUCCACUCGUUUGUUUCUAGGAGGUUAGGAAAAGAGUUUGCAGACAUAGCUGUGGACAGCUUGUGUCGUGGUGUGUUUGCGGGCGACUGCAGGAAGUUAAGUGUGCGCUCCUGUUUUCCUCCUUUCUACAACGCGGAGCAGCGCAGAGGUUCCUUGAUUCUGGGGAUGCUACUGGGCUCAGGUCCAACUCCGGUGAUCUCCCCGGGUCCUCUGGCUCAGAGGUCUGUUAAAGAGUCGUGGGCGAUGUGGUCCCUGAGGAGCGGAGUGGGAUCCUUCCCAGGAUCCAUCUCCGACUACCUGCAGCAGAGCGGCAAAGUGGAGCUUCACAGAGACGCACACGUCAAACAGAUUAACCCUUCGACAUCUGGGUGGAAGAUCCAUAUGGAGGACGGAGCCAUAUCAGCUGACCACAUCAUCUCUGCACUUCCAGCUAAAGCCCUUUCUUCAGUCCUGCCCCCCUCCUGUCAACCUCUUAUCCAGCAGCUGCAGGACAUCUCGACAGUAACCGUUGCCGUGGUGAAUCUGGAGUAUGACGGCCUCAUCCUGCCUGUAACGGGUUUCGGUCACCUUGUUCCUUCAUCAGAGGACCGGGGGUUACUAGGAGUGGUCUAUGACUCUGUCCCCUUCCCUCAGCACAAUAGACCAGACGGACAGACCACUAGACUGACGGUGAUGAUGGGUGGGGCCUGGUUUGAAGAAGCGUUUGGAUCCCCAGAGUCAGUAACAGUGGAGAGUCUUUUAGCCAGAGCCACGGAGGCCGUCAGCCGUCACCUGGGAGUCGCUGCUGCACCCGGGUGGAGUCGAGUGUCUGUACUCAAGGAUUGUAUACCUCAGUAUUACAAAGGACACUAUCAGCAAGUAGAUUCAAUGCGCGGCUUUAUAAAGAAGAACAAUCUGCCGCUGUCUCUGACUGGCUCCUCCUUCGACGGCGUGUCGGUGAAUGAUGUCAUCUUUAGUGGACGGACGGCUGCAAAGGAGCUGACGGGAAAUGGAUUUUGACGUCAAUACUAAGGGUGAAAAAAAAUCAACAACAAAAUCAACUACUUGGGAAAUUAUAUUUUUAUUUGAGGACAGAAACAAACCCAACAAUUGAUCAAUGUCACACGACAGUAAAAAUACACAGUAAACCCCACAGGUCUCGACACUAUCUGAGGCCUAGUUUCUUCUUCUCUUUCUGUUUCUUGCGAACCACUUCCAUGUUGCGGUCCUUCCACAUGCUCUUCCUCAGUUUGAUCGGACGACUGCCCACAUACUUCCCUGGAGAAACACAGAGAGACCCAGAGGGAUGUGAGGAGCACGUUCACAUCCUAAUAAUAUGACACUAUAAAACCCCAAAGAAAAACGACAGAGACUGACCGUUCAUCUCUCUCAUGGCUCUGACGUAGUCGUUUGGAUCUUUGAAGCUGACGAAGCCGUAGCCUUUGGUUUUUCCGGUCCGUUUAUCUCUCACCACCUGAGGACCAAAAUAAUAAAAUUAACCACCACAUGUGAAACACAGGACAUCUCAGCAUCUCUUCUGUCCAUUUACCAUAUUAUAACUAUAACAUACUUCUACUGGUUUUUGCUAAAGGGCAUUUACAAACAUACAACAGUGAUAACAAAAUGUGAAGUUAAAUGAUAAUGUUUUACAGAGAAGAUUAGAAGCAAAAGCUGUUGUGUAAAUCAGAUGAGGCAGCGAGGAGCUCGUCUUUUAUACAGUCGAUGAACUUUUGGAAAUGUGGCCAAGGAGCCGUUUAUUUUUAGUCUCAGUUUCUCAAGACUAAGAUGGUGAAAGACGUCCUGACAUCUCGACAUUUACCAGUUUGAAAGCUAGUAGAGCAGCUUUGAGUUCUGGUCAAACCUCUGUGACAGGACCGGUUUGUGCAGAGUCUUUGAAGCACCCAGUGAACUCAACUGGACAUUAUUUAUUAUUAUUUUGACUAAUACCUGAACCCCAUUGUCUGCUGUAAUGUGUUUUGUUGGUUCCCUCCAGAAUGACUCACAUUUUACUGUCGUACUUGGAGUUUACUUGAAUUGUACUAACUGUUGAAUGUCUCUUGACUAGUGCCUGAAUAUUAUGAGAACACGGAAGCAGAUGUUGUAUAUUUAAAUUUAAAAAAGGAAGUAUACAUGAAUUAAUAAAUAAAUAAGCACA